CCUAGAGUUUUAGAAGAGAGAGAGGGGAUCGGAGGAGUAGAGAGGUAUAGAGAGAAGAGAGGAGAGGAGAAUGUGCAUAGCAGUGUUUUUGUGGCAAUCGCAUCCGCUUUACCCUCUUCUUCUCUUUCUGAAUAGAGAUGAAGAUCACAACAGGGCGACGGAGGCGCUGCGUUGGUGGGAAGACGGAGAGACGGUGGGAGGAAGAGACUUGGUGGGCGGCGGGACGUGGCUGGGGUGCACGAGGCAUGGCCGUCUCGCUUUCCUCACCAAUUUCAAGGAGACCACUUCCUUCCCGGAUGCGAAAUCCCGUGGAGAUCUCCCUAUUCGUUUCUUGCAGAGCCUAAAGAGCCCGGCCGACUUUGCCGAGGAGAUACAAGACGAGGUUGCUCUGUACAACGGCUUCAACCUGGUCGUCGCUCAUGUCUUGUCCAAAUCCAUGGUUUACAUUACCAACCGGCCACGCCACGGUGACAAGCUCGUUACGCAUGUUUCUCCGGGGAUCCAUGUCCUUUCCAAUGCCAACCUCGACUCUCCUUGGCCCAAGUGUAUGAGGCUGAGAGAGAGCUUUAAACAGCUUCUCUCUGAAAACGAGGGUGGUGAAUUCCCGGUGAAGACGAUGGUGGAGGAGGUGAUGACUGACACUGUCAAGGACCAAGAACCCGAGCUGCCUCACGUUUACACCCCAGAGACUGAAUACCAUCUCAGCUCAAUCUUCGUCCACAUGCUUAGACCAGCUGGGCCUUAUGGAACCAGAAGCAUCUCGGCGCUCACCAUCAAGUCCCAUGGUGAGGUCUGUUUCUACGAGCGGCAUCUUGAAGAAGGUGGUGCCUGGAAGGAACACACCCAACACUUUGUAAUACAAAACCAAAGCAUAAUUUGAACCUGAUUCACAGGGUUCCUUUGCUUCACAUAUAUAUAUGUACAUGUUGUACACAAAACAGAGCUCAUGUGUUUUUAUUCCAAGUUCCAAAACAAUCACAAUACAAAUACAAUCAUUAAUCGGAUACUCUUAAACCACAAUCCCACACAUAAA